AUGAUGGAGAAGCGGAGGGGAGGUCGCCGGCGCAAUCGACCUCGUCCACCUACUACGACGGAAUCUAACGAGGCGAAGAACACGACGACGCCGGGCGCGCCGGUUGCGCGGCGCGCCGACUCCUGGGACUCUAAACAGCAGCGCGCGAAACGCAAACGCUACAAGGGCAAGAAGGACAAGCCCAGCUUUGAGACGUACGAGCCACCGGUUAAGGAAUGGGAGACGACAUUCGUGGAGAUGCCCAAGGAUUUGUACCAGGCCCAUCUGAGGCCUGGUGUCAUAUUCCGGAUUCAUAUGGCCGAGGCCAUACUUAAAAUGCAGUACAGGAACUACGGUGAAGACAAGGACGAGUCGGUGAUAGAGGCGGACGUCGAAUACCUCCGGCUGACAAGGAAGGUGAUCAACGACGAGAUCACCAAGUUCGAGGACCUCAAGUGGCUGGUCGGGUGGUUCGGAAACCGCUCCGAGCUGAUACAGGAGCACAUGUGCAACACGCGCUACUACACCGUAGGCAUCCCGCCCACGAUGUUCACGCACAGCGAGGAGUACAUGAAGCGGGCGUGCCUCUUCGACAACGUUUACUUGGACCACGUGCCUUACGUGGUGGGCGAGGAUGGCUCCCUGAUGGCGGCCGUAGCGCCCCCGGUGCUGCACUGCGACGCGGCCACGUGCACGUCCGUGCCGUUCAUAGACAGCAUGAUGUUCGAGGAGAAGCUCCCGCGCAGCAACGUGCGCACAGUGACCCGUUGCCAGGCGAGCUGCCGCGCCCACUGCCGCAACGACCCCGACUGCCUCAAGCGCUGCUCUGACCGCUGCUUCAGGGCGGAC